UUUGUGAAUUGUGAUUGACUGAUUGCUUUAGAGGGUUCAAAUUGUAAACCUUUGCAAAAAAGGAAACUAAAUUCGAUCGUUUCAAUAGUUUAAGGGUUAUGUAAAUGUAUCAUAUAAUUUUUUUGUUCUACUUAUUUGAUGUAUUUUUACCUCAAAUAGUGAAUUUAUAGUGGCCGUAUUUGCAUGUUGCAAGUUUUACUAUUAUUAAGAUUUUAUACUCUUUUUAGUAGUAUUUUAUUCGCGUACUUCGGUUUGUACGUAAUAAUAAAGAUUAAUAUUGUCCUUCAGUUUAAUAAAUUAAAAUAGUAUAACCUAAUGGAAAAUCAUAGAGGUUCUUCUGAUGGUGAAGAUAUUCCGAGUGAUUUCUUCGAUGAUUUCAAUAAGGAAGAGUUCAUGGAAGGUCUUAGUGUGAUCGAUAGUUGGGACGAUGAAGACAAAAAAGCGGUCGGUACACGGGCGCGAAAUAUAAAUUUAGCAGUCGAUAACGUUCGGGAUUUAAGAGAAUUAAUAGUUAGACAAGAGGACGACACCAGAGAAGACAGGUCAAAGUGGAGGCGAAAUAGAUCUCCUUCUCAUAACCAACAAAGUAGUCGACAUAGACCUGAAAGUGAUCACUUGGAUGACUAUAUUAAGCCUGGCAGUAGACGCGAUCCAAACAAGACAAACGAAGCCAUUAGAAGAGAUAAAGAAGUAAAAGUAAAGGAGUACUUAGCUAAGCAUUUGGAGUCUGGUAGUGACUUAUGUCCACCUGGAACUGAACUUGAAGACUAUUUUGAAGAUCAUAAAACUGUUCAAGCCAGAAAACGUUUAUCUGUUAAUAAAAGUGAUGCCAUUUCACCAGUUAGAGAACAUCGCUUUAAGCAUGCGCAUUAUAGUGGUGAUUCUCCCAUGAGGCGACGAGACUCGCCUCCAAGAUAUAGGCGUAGCCCUCGACGACCACAUCAUAGUCCACAUAGAACAAUGCGGUCCAAUAUACGAUAUCAUAGUCCAUACAAAAAUAUUCGUAAAUAUCAUAGAUAUAGUCCUCGAAGAGUAAGUCCAGAAUACCGUCGAGAUCAUCGAUCAAGAUCACCUUACAAGAGAUAUCGUCAUCAGUCACGAUCACGUUCACCUGAUCGAAGACAUGAGAGAGAAGAACAUCAUCGAUCGCAGUCAUCAAACAAUAAAUCAGGGAGAGAUGAUUUCCUUUACCCCAAGGAUUAUCUUCCCCCACCUGAAUAUUCCUGUGUUAAAACUGAAAUGCCCUACCAGGUUGAACCAGAACCACAGUACUCUAAUCCCGUCCCUGUUAAGUAUGGAGAUGCACCUAAUUAUUCCUAUACACAGGUUCAAGGGUACAGUGGUUAUGGAAUUCCAUAUGAAUAUGGAACUCAACCAACUCCACCAAUUGUUAUGCCAGUUCCUCAACCUGUACCACCCCCAAUCAUUCCCCCGACAUCCUCAGAUCCAUCACUUUUUAACCCCGUUCAACCAACUGCAAGCAUUCCUCCGCACCACACCCCAGCAGUUUUACCGGCUAUGACAAAUCAAUCUGCAAUCCAAAAUAUACCAGACUCUAUGCAGAGUACACAAAUAGACGCCUUAGCAAAACUGGUUGCAGAUGGCAAAUUAUCACGUGAAGACUAUUUGAAGUUGGCUCCUAAUAAAGGUUUAUGCCAAUCUAUGGAUACCCAUGCAAGAGUAGCUGUUUUGAACCGCUGCCACAACGCCAUGUCUAGGCUUGGCAACAUUAUGGUGCCAAAUCAACUGUUAAUAAAUAACAGUCUUAUUGGCCCUGAACAAAAACAAAUUGCUCCAAAGUUUUGUUCACCUCUCAAGCGUCAAGAAACUAUGGAUUUUCACUUCACCAAACAUGAUUCAUCAGCAGUCGCUCGGCAGAACAAACUCAUCGUAGAUUCUAUCAUAGCUACGCUCGACAUCGAGAAGGUUGUUGGAAGAACGAAAAAGAUGCAGAAGGAUACAAAGGAUGCAGCGGUGCAAACUACAAGGCCUUUCUGUGAUGUGUGUGAGAUUCGUGAAAAUACAAACUUUAGAAAUGCCGAAACAUCAAUCGAUCGUGAACAAUUUUCAUCUACAGUUCAUACGCAGGUUGAAGAACAACAUUUGGUUAGCUCGAAAUCUAUGUUCAACCCAACUGGUGGUAUAGCUGAAGGUGCGAAUAUUUCGAUUGCUCACAUGACUCCUGCGCAACUUGUUUCACAGCUUGCAGCACGAGCCAAGACAUUGAAGCAGACAGAACCAGCACACUCAUCGUCCCAAUUCCGUCAUACGCAAGGUUUCGACUACGACGACAGAGGGAGUGAUAAACAAUAUCGCAAUCAUUACAACUAUCGCUAUUAAAUGUUAAAGCGGAAACGAAGUCUCGAUUGUAAGCUUUGUAGCUGAUUAUUAUAGAAUCCAAUUAUAAUAAAAGUUUGAGGAUUUUAUCCUUGAAUUAAAACAACGAGAUUUUUGUUUGUGCUGAAUUUUAUUACUCUGUAUUAUAAUUUAUCAUUAAUUCUGUCUUUCGUCACAAUAUGAUGUAAUCCUAAUAUGAAUUUCUUUGUAUAUUAUCUUAAUAAAUUAUUUUUAUUCUAUUUGUAAAUAGUUUUUGUGUUGAACAUUGAUCUGCAAAGACACAGUCAUUUAUUUCAUGGAUUUAUUAAGAUCCAUGAUCGAGUGUAAUUGUUACUUGUUAAAAGUAUUUGUCAACUUCUGUAAAAUAAAAUGUUUUUAAGUUUAUUAAAAUUCCUUAUCUUUCUUGGUUUUAUAUUUUAGUAUGUACUAGUGUCUUUAAUUAUGGUCUAUUUUUUUUACUUAACUUGCAUAUAAGUGUGGAAGCAGUGGGCAGUGUAAGUAUACAAAUUUUUAAAGUCACUAAAGUAGUUUAAUAUUUCUAUCAAAUGUUUUUUUUCUUUAAUUUACAGUUGGGAUAACAUACAACUUGAUACGACCUGAGUCAAGACAUUGUUUUUGUGAUUAGUAGUUGAAUUUCUGUGUUCUUAUUUAUGUACCUAUUGCAAUCGAGUGUGUACAGUUCUGUAUAUUCUAUAUUAAAGUGAUGGUUAAUAUGCACAAAUAAUUGUUGUGAAGUGAUUAAAAUUAAGGCAAUACAUUUAAAAACUAUUGCCUUCGACGUUUUCGCCAGGAAACUAGUCAUCGCCUUCAGAAACGAUGGGACAGGAAAAAAUAAUAUGCAGACAAGGAACAAGACAAUUAGACAUUCACUGUGACUUUAUAUCAUAAUAAACGUUAAUAUGAAUAAAAGUUGUGAUAACAACUACUAAACAAUAUAUUAAAUAAAUAUAUUGUUUUGGUUGUUUGUUUUUUUAUAAGUGGAGUACGUAUAAAAAAAAGAGGUCGCAAAAUUAUAGCCGAAUAUUGUAAUCAACAUUCUAGUAAGUUUAAUAUUAAUAAUAAAAAGUCAACGAAGCGAUGAAUCGUUUUUUUCCCCUAAUAAUUUAUAAGUAAUGAUAUAUUUUUUAUAACUUUAAUUGUACUACAUAUUAAAAUCAGCCUUAUAAUUUUUGUAUUAGUUUCUGUAAAAAACUUUACCUGCGUUAGUAUUUUUAAAACAAUUUGUACGUGAAAAGAAGAGAUGAUUUACUAAAACUGUCUAUUACGCGUAAUUAUUUUCCAUUUGGGUUCCAAUGUCAGAAACCUGACCAUCGUGUCUUCUGUAACCGUAAUUGCGGCUCGUGAUACGUUGCAUAAUAUGAUCGGAAUACAAUGUUUCCUAAGACUGACAUAUAUUUUGUUUAAUUCGAGUUCAAUUUUAUUUAGUGCUCACCACGUUUAUUUUUGCGGGAUGAUAUUAAAUAAAAAAUAUCAUUACAUAAAAUUUAAUUGAACUAGCUAUCCGUCCCGACUUUGUGAGUUCUUCGUGAUUCAUCACCAUUCCAUUCACACAGUUUAACUUCAAGGAGAAGUACCCUCGAGUUGCAGAAAACUAUGCUAAAUUUUAAGGUAAUCGGAUCUAAAGUUUCGGAGAUAACUAUGUUCUUAUACCGUUCGUACGUUGCUCGAUAAUUUUUUAUAUUUUGAUUAGACAUUUAUUUUGAAUAUCAUUUGAUUGCUCUCCCUGAUAUUAUUUGUUUUCUAAGUUGGUAAAAGAUUUAUUAACAGAAAUUAUUAAACUACGAUGCCACUUAUAGCGCGGCCCGGGCCUCGGUUUGGCCCUCCCAGAUCCUGGGCUGCAAUAACUAUAUAUUUUGCCGGGUAAUAUAGCAGGAUAAGUCAAUAAAAUAAAGGGGUCCGCAGGUUGACUAUAUAUAUGAAGAUAUUUUCCCGGUGAAAAUUUCUAAUCCUCAUAACUUAUAUAUAUAUGGACUAAAUUUGUGUAAGAAUGAAUAAAAACUGGUAAUAUAUGUUU